AUGUAUUUAGAGUAUAAAGUUACUGAUAUGAAUAUUCCUGAUGCUCAUUCGCUUAAUGAUAUGAGAAGUAGCAGCAAUGAAUUGGCUGGCAAUAAUGAUCAAAAUAGACGUCAAAAACAUGUUCAAAAUGAGAAAAAUUGUCGUAAAAAAAUCACUGAUGGUUUUAAUAUGCUUCGAGAACUGAUUCCCUUUGGAUUGUUAGAUGCUUUGCAAAUGAAAAAACAGCAUGAUGAAAUCAAUCGCCUUGGGCAGAUCUGUAAAUAUCAGAAUGAAGAGUUGAAAAUGAAUAAUUUAGAUAAUGAUAUGGAUUUGCAGUUACCCAAAAGUUUAGAAAAAUUUGCACUACGAAAAGU